AAUUCUUAUUGUGUGUGUAUGUGUACGUGAUAUCACGAUCAUUUUCAUAAUGUACCGUUUUUCAUUAUUAUCCCGUAAUAUAAAAACGGGACAAUUCAAUCGAAUAAAUCAUCAUCAUCAUCAUCAACAACAACAACAAUUUCGUAGCAUAUGUUGUUCAACAAGCAUAUUAUUUUCAUCAUCAUCAUCAUCAUUCAAUGCCAAUAAUAAUAAUCGUAUAAUAACCGAACCACAUAAUUCAUUCAUACAAAGACAUAUUGGUCCACGUGAUGAUGAUAAAAUUGAAAUGCUUAAAAAGAUUGGUUUCAAUUCAAUGGAUGAAUUGAUACAGGCAACAGUUCCAGAAUCGAUCCAAUUACAGAAAGAGAUUCGUCUGGAUCAACCAGACAAUGAAACAAGUAUAUUAAAAAGAUUGAAAGAUAUUGCCGAUUUAAAUCAAUGUAAAUGGCGUUCAUAUAUUGGAAUGGGUUAUUAUAAUUCCAUAAUACCAGCACCAAUUUUGCGUAAUAUUUUCGAAAAUCCCGGAUGGACAACACCAUAUACACCAUAUCAGGCGGAAAUUGCUCAAGGCCGUUUAGAAUCAUUAUUAAAUUUUCAGACAAUGGUCUGUGAUCUAACUGCAUUAGAUAUUGCUAAUGCUAGCCUUUUGGAUGAAGGAACUGCAGCUGCUGAAUCUAUGCAAAUGUGUUUUAGAUAUCAUAAAGAAAAACGACGCAAAUUUCUAUGCUCAAAUAAUGCACAUCCACAAACAACAGCAAUCGUUAAAACACGAUGUGAAGCAUUAGGAAUUAAAUUUGAAAUUUUUGAUGGCUCAAAAGAUGUAUUCGAUGGUGUGAAACCAUUGACUGAUACAUAUAAUUUGGCUGAAUAUUGUGGAAUACUUGUACAUUAUCCGGAUUCGAAUGGAAAUGUAGACAAUCUUGAAUCGAUUGUAAAUCUAGCAAAAGCCACAGAAACAAUAGUGAUUGCUGCAACUGAUCUGUUAGCAUUGACUAUGGUCAAACCACCAGGAGAAUAUGGCCAAUUCUGUGAUAUAGCCAUUGGAACGGCUCAACGUUUUGGAAUUCCGCUCAACUAUGGUGGACCACAUGCAGCUUUUUUGGCAUGUCGUGCCUAUUUAACUCGGUUAAUUCCAGGCAGAGUAGUAGGCUUGACCAAAGAUGCUCAAGGUAAUCAGGCAUUACGUUUAGCAUUACAGACUCGUGAACAGCAUAUCCGUCGUGAUAAAGCAACAUCAAAUAUUUGUACAGCGCAAGCAUUAUUGGCUAAUAUGAGUGCUAUGUUUGCCAUCUAUCAUGGUCCAAAAGGACUACGAGCUAUUGCUGAAGAUAUUCACAAGAAGGCGCUUUAUUUGGCCAAAAAAAUUAAUGAUAGAGGCGUUAAUCGUGUAAUCACUUAUAAUCCAUUUGAUACAUUAAAAGUGAAAGUUCAUGUAGCUAAACAUAUAAAAGCAAGAGCUGAUGCUGUUGGUAUCAAUUUACGAUACUAUCCGGAUGGACAUCAUAUUGGCAUUUCUAUCGAUGAAACUGUGACCGAUCAAGAUCUUAAUGAUUUAAUUUGGGUAAUGGAAGGUGAAAAAGAGGAACAUACCGAUCAUAUAAAUUAUCCAUACAAUUUUAUCCAAAAAGAAAGUGGUCUAUUGAAAAGUGCGAUCGUAAGAAAAUCACCAUUCUUAACCCAUCCAUUAUUCAAUUCAUAUCAUAGCGAAACUAAUCUUAUUCGUUAUAUGAAAAAAUUGGAAAACAAAGACAUAUCAUUAGUACAUUCAAUGAUACCAUUAGGAUCAUGUACAAUGAAAUUAAAUGCCACCACCGAAAUGAUACCAUGUUCAUGGCCAAUGAUAACCGAUGUACAUCCAUAUAUUCCACCAUCACAGGCUAAAGGUUAUCAAGUACUAAUCAAUGAACUGGAACACGAUCUUUGUGAAUUAACCGGCUAUGAUAAUGUAUCAUUUCAACCGAAUUCCGGUGCUCAAGGUGAAUAUGCUGGAUUACGUUGUAUCAAAGCCUAUCUUGAAUCACAAGGCGAAGGUUAUCGAAAUGUAUGUUUAAUUCCGGUUUCGGCACAUGGAACUAAUCCAGCUAGUGCAAAUAUGGCCGGUCUUCGUGUUGAACCGGUUUUAGUACUGAAAAACGGAAGUAUCGAUAAAGCUCAUUUGAAAGCUAAAUUGGAUAAACUUCAUGAUCAGAUUGCCUGCCUUAUGAUUACAUAUCCAUCAACAUUCGGUGUUUUCGAUGAAGAUAUUAGCGAUAUUUGCGAUAUGAUACAUUCAUGUGGUUCGGCACAAGUAUAUUUGGAUGGCGCAAACAUGAAUGCACAGGUUGGACUUUGUCGUCCAGGCGAUUAUGGUAGUGAUGUUUCGCAUUUAAAUCUACAUAAAACUUUUUGUAUUCCUCAUGGUGGUGGUGGACCAGGAAUGGGUCCGAUUGCUGUGAAAAAACAUCUUGCACCAUUUUUACCAUCACAUCCGAUCGUUCAUGAUGAUGUGAUUCGUGUACCAAAAAGUUUUGGCACAGUAUCGGCAGCACCAUGGGGUUCAGCUGCCAUAUUACCCAUUAGUUGGGCAUAUAUUAAAUUAAUGGGCUUAAAAGGAUUACGACAUUCAUCCGAAGUGGCCAUCCUGAAUGCCAAUUAUAUGAUUGCAAUAUUGAAAGAUGAAUACAAAAUUAUGUAUCUUGGUAAAAAUAAUACGGUUGCACAUGAAUUUAUUCUGGAUACAAGAGAAUUUAAACAGACAACAGGCGUUGAAGCAAUGGAUAUUGCAAAACGUUUACAGGAUUAUGGUUUCCAUGCACCAACCGUAUCAUUUCCAGUGCCGAAUACAUUAAUGAUUGAACCAACUGAAUCGGAAUCAAAACAAGAAUUAGAUCGUUACUGUCAUGCAUUGUUGAAUAUACGUCGUGAAAUUUCCGAUAUACAAAACGGUGUUUAUGAUAGAGAAAAUAAUCCAUUGAAAGGUGCACCACAUACACAACGAUUGAUUUGUUCUAGCAAUUGGGAUCGGGCUUAUUCACGUGAAAUUGCAGCUUUUCCAGCGCCAUAUGUACAGCCAGAAUCAAAAAUAUGGCCAACAGUUGCACGUAUCGAUGAUGCUUAUGGUGAUAAAAAUCUUUUCUGUACCUGUCCACCAGUUGAUUCAUCAUUUAAUUUUUAAUUUAAUUAAUCAUUAAUAAUAAAUUAAAAUAAUUUUGUUUUGUUCGAAAUUUGA